AUGGAUUUCCAAAAUGUGAAUCCUCUGAAUGUUUGGCUGAACAUGAUAUCAGGUAACUUAUUACCAAUGACCGCUGAUAAUUCGUCGUUUCCGAUAUUUUGGAUAAUAUACGGUACUCUGAUAUGGUUGCUCGAAAUACUUCAAACAUGUGUGUUAAUUCCUGGGUGUUUUUUUGUGCCGAAAAAGAAAGCUCUGAAAGAUGGUGUAAUCGGUAUUGUGGUUGGUAUGGAAGUUAUUUGUACAAUUAUACGAAUUUGCACAUGUAGAGGACGAGUGAAACAGUUAAUUCGAAAAUUGAAUGAUGUUCUGAGCGUAGAUGACGAGAUAAUGAGGAAUAUAGUGAUAGAAACUAUGAAGUCGAUGGAGAAUCCUCUUAAAUUUUACUGGUCGGCAGGUGUAAUAUCCAUAAUAGUAUGGAGUAGUGAACCGUUUAUGUUGGUCUUUCAAAGAAAUUCCUUUUUCUAUGUAGAUUAUAAAAUGCCAGUUGUCUAUAUUAAAGAGCCAAUCACGACUAGUAUGUUUAUAUUUGGAAGUGUUAUUGUGACAAUGAGCAGCGCGUAUAUUUUUACAAAAAAAGUUGGUGUAGAUAGCUAUAUAAUAAAUCUGCUGCUGCUGAUAACGGCACAAUAUAAAUAUAUCGCAUUAAAGCUAUCAAUGAUAUUUCAAGAUAAAUUUCUUCAAAAUGAUCACAAUAAGUCUGACGCAGAGAAAUGUUAUCUCAAUAGAGAUGAUUACGUAAAAAAAAAAAUAAAGGUUUUAUGUCGGCAUCAUAAUACAGUGAUUCAUGUGCUCCUCGCUCUGAUGAAGAGAGACGGCAAGAUUCAUUACGUUGGCAUUAGUAAUGGAUCACGGCACGAUGAUAACCCAAACUCUUUGGCACCUCUAAAGAAAAUAUCCGUAAAUGCAUUACCAAAAAUACCAUCAGAAACUUUGUGGGAAAUAUGUUCGAUUAGUAUGUACGGAAUCGGUGGAGUAGUGCAGCUCUACAUAAUAUGUUUUUGUAUGCAACAGCUAUUAGAUGCGAGUGUUAAUAUAACGGAGUAUGCAUUUCACGAAAAAUGGUAUCAAUAUGGAAAGAAUAUGAAACGAUUAAAGUAG